CACCAAUCACGGCUGAUCCAAGAGUGCAGGUGGCCCUCCUGGUGCCAAUGCACCUCCAGGUUUUGGCGGACCUCCAAUGGGCUUUCGGAUGCCUCCCCCAGGACCAGGAUUACCACCUAGAUUGCCUCCUCCAGGAUUCAUGCCACCUGGUGCACCUCCUGGCAUGCCUCCACCUGCUUUUAAUGUACCCCCACCAGGUUUUAUGAGUUCAUUUGGCCAACCUCCUGCAGGAUCAGAUGGUAGUGGAGCUGUAAUUUCUGCUGGUCCUCAGCUUAAUACACCUCCCUCAAGUAAUUCCCCAGCAGCAGUUCAGACUGGAUCCCCAGCUACAACCCCAGGACCAUCCACAACCCCAGCAUCUACACCUGCCAGUGUAUCUCCUGCUAAUAUUGCAAUGCCAGGAGCCCCAUCUCCAGCUCUACCUGCAUCUGUUCCUAGUAGUCCAGCCUCGGUCAAAGCUGAAACUCCGAAAGAGAAGAAAAAUGUGUGGACAGAACACAAGGCACCUGAUGGGCGUAUAUAUUUCUACAAUACUGUAACACGACAGUCGUCUUGGGAGAAACCUGAUGAACUUAAAACUCCUGCAGAGCUACUGUUGUCCCAGUGCCCAUGGAAGGAGUAUAAAUCUGAAAGUGGUAAAACUUACUAUCACAAUGUGAAUACAAAGGAAUCGCGCUGGACAGUCCCUAAGGAACUUGAGGAACUAAAAGCCAAGAUUGCAGCAGAAGAAAAUGUGAGUAAAGCAAACUCAAGUAGUCCCAAAGAAAACAAAGAGAAGAAAAAGCCUCCAUCAGCUCUUGAUCAAGCAAUGGCAGCAACCCUUGCAGCUAUUCAAGUUCCUACAGCCGUCAAAGCAGAGGAAGUGAAGUCGUCAUCUGAACCAAAGCAACUGAUUUUCAAGGACAAGAAAGAAGCGUUAGAAGCAUUCAAGGAUUUCCUAAAAGAUAAACGUGUUCCUAGUGAUGCCACAUGGGACAAAGCAGUUCGAAUGAUUCAGAAUGAUGCUCGUUAUGAAGCCUUCAACAAGCUAACAGAGAAAAAGCAAGCUUUUAAUGCAUAUAAAGUUCAACGUGCAAAGGAAGAAAAGGAAGAGCAGCGACUUAGAGCCAAGAAAGCCAAAGAGGACCUUGAACACUUUUUGCUUAAUAGUGAGCACAUGAGUUCAACUGUCAAAUUCUACCGUUGUCAUGAAAUGUUUCAGCAUUUAGAGUUAUGGAAAGUUGUUCCAGAGUCUGAGAGAAGGGAAGUGUAUGAAGAUGUUAUAUUCAGCUUAGCAAAGAGAGAAAAAGAGGAAAAUAAAGCAAUGCGGAAACGGAACAUGAAGGUGUUAAGUGAAAUUUUGGACAGUAUGACCAACAUCACUUUUAAAACCACAUGGUCAGAUGCUCAGCAAAUGCUCAUUGAUAACCCAACCUUUGCUGGAGACACAGACUUGCUUAGUAUGGACAAGGAAGAUGCCCUCAUAGUUUUUGCUGAGCAUAUAAAACAGUUAGAAGAAGAAGAGGAGGAAGAAAGAGAAAGGGAGAAAAGGCGGAUUAAACGACAGCAAAGAAAAUGUAGAGAUAAUUAUAUAGCUCUUUUAGAUGAACUUCAUGAACAAGGAAAACUCACAUCAAUGUCUUUGUGGGUAGAACUUUACCCAAUGAUCUCUGCAGAUAUUCGUUUCACAGCAAUGUUAGGACAGCCAGGAUCAACUCCUCUCGAUCUCUUCAAAUUCUAUGUAGCAGAUCUGAAGUCCCGCUUCCAUGAUGAAAAGAAGAUUAUCAAAGAAAUUCUGAAGGAGAAAUCAUUUGAAGUUCAGGUUAAAACUAGUUUCAAAGAAUUUGCUACCGUUGUAUGCGAUGAUCCUCGCUCUGCUACUUUGGAUGCCGGAAACGUUAAACUGACUUACAACGCUCUGAUUGAAAAGGCAGAGGCUCGUGAGAAAGAAAGGUUGAAAGAAGAGGCCCGAAAAAUGCGCCGCCUUGAAGCAGGAUUACGUGCAGCAUUAAAAUCUAUUGGCGUAGACUCAGGGUCAACUUGGGAAGAUGUCCGCCCACGAAUCCAGCAUUUGUCAUCAUUUACAGCUGUUACAAUUGAAGCAGAAAGAAUCAGGAUCUUCAAGGAAUAUCAGCAACAUCUUGAAGAAGCAUGUGGUCACCAUCAUUCUCGCAAUAAGAAGAAGAGUAAGAAGAAAGAUCGCAAGAGAUCUCGGUCUCGAUCUCAUUCAUAUUCAUCGGAAAGUGAUGAAGGCCAUAGGAAGCGUAGGUCAAGACGUUCACGUUCACGGUCAAAAAGUUUCUCUGAAGAUUCUGAUGAAGAUAGGAGGAGAUCCCGUAAAAAGAAAAGCAAGAAGAAGAAGGGCAGGAGUCAUUCUAGAUCUUUAAGCAGUGAAGAUUCAUACAGAUCCAGAAGGACCACCAAAAAGAAGAAGCAUCGUUCCCGAUCCAGAUCACGUUCUAGAUCACGUGGCGGGUGAGUUUAAGUUAAUUCUUGAAAAU